AUUUUGAUCAUCUAUACGUGCUUUGUAGUAUUUUAUAACAAAAAUAAAAAUGAAGAUUUGUUGCUUAAUUGUAUUAACUGUUUUCACUACAUUGAUAUGUAAUUUAAAGAGUCAACAAACGACAAGAAAAGUGCAACCAAAAUUUAAUAGAUUAUUUGGAAAUAUUUCACGAGAAUGUUUGCAUGAAUAUCGUGUCACUCCAGAAAGAGUAUUGGCCGUUUAUACUUUAAAUAUUAAUGACCGAGAAGCAAAAUGUUAUGUUGCUUGCAUGUUGUUGCGAUUUAAUGUGACCACAAGAAAUGGAAGUUACAAUGAUAAGGCUUUGGAACAAUUGAUGGCGAAACCUAAUUCAAAUAAUGAAAUUCCAACUAAUAUGAAAGCAGCCAUAGCAAUAUGCGAAAAACAAGUUGAUAAAGACCUUUGCGAAAAAGCGGUUAAAUUCACAAAAUGUAUUUAUGCUCACAAGAACGAAUUUGUAGUUAAAAAUAAAGAAAGCAGUUCUACUUUAGCUGAUCGUCGACGACCUUUAGCUCAGAGAAAACCGUCUGUACGCCUCUCAACCACUUAACCACAUUAGUCACUAAGUAUGAUAUUAUUCAUACUAAUUAGUAAUUACAUUUUAUCUACAAAUGUAUUUCAAUUAUAUGAUUUUAAUCACGGUGUAUGGUUCUAGUAUAAUAAAUAAUAUUAUAUAUUUCA